GACACAUCUGCAUUUAGGAUCUGGUUCCAAAGCCCAUAAGAUGUGUGACCUUGGCCAACUUCUCUAACUUUCUGAACCUGUUUCCUUCCCUGUAAGAUGGAGAUACUGAUAGGAGAGGUGGUGGGAGGAUUGAGUACGAUUAUGCCCCAUGGGGAGGUGGGCAGAAGCGGGCUGGUGAAUGGGCACUGGCAGCAGUGGCUGUUGCUUGCCUUUGCAGAAGAAGGACGUACGGAUGCUGCGCUUCAUCCAGGAAGUGAACACCACCACCCGCUCAUGCGCCCUCUGGGACCUGGAAGAGGACACGGAGUACAUUGUGCAUGUGCAGGCCAUCUCCAUUCAGGGCCAGAGCCCGGCCAGUGAGCCUGUGCUCUUCAAGACCCCACGCGAGGCUGAGAAGAUGGCCUCUAAGAACAAAGAUGAGGUGACCAUGAAAGAGAUGGGAAGGAACCAACAGCUGCGGACGGGCGAGGUGCUGAUCAUUGUUGUGGUCCUAUUCAUGUGGGCAGGUGUCAUCGCCCUUUUCUGUCGCCAGUAUGAUAUUAUUAAGGACAACGAACCCAAUAACAACAAGGAAAAAACCAAGAGUGCAUCAGAAACCAGCACACCAGAGCACCAGGGCGGGGGUCUUCUCCGCAGCAAGAUAUGAAAACCUUUUCAGUGCUUGCUCUGAGCAGCUCAGAAGAAAGACAGUAGAGAAUGUGAGAGGAUCUCGUGGUUCUGCCGAUGAUUAUCCAACAAACAUCCGGCCCUCUCUACAUCUCCUCCUUCUUCCAUCUCCUUUCACCCUCUGGCUUACUGUCCGCUCUUGGCAUCCCUCUUUCUGGCGCAUUUUCCUGAAGCCUCUUAACCCCUACCUCCAGAAGCACCUCGACAAUGUCAGUGGCUGAGGCUGCGCUCAGGGGAUGACUGCUGGGGGCAGACUGGGUAUCUGGAGCUAUGGGCCCAGGACCCAGUUUUGGCCAUUCAGCUAAGUGAGGCCGAAGGCUGGGUCUGAAAAGGCAGAAAGAUGAACACCCAGACAGGGCUACUCUUUUUUUCCCCACAAGAGACACGAACCUGGCUUUUAGGCUGCAGUCCUGCUCCCUUCCUUCUUCUGUCCUCUGUUUCCAACCUUACGAGACGUCUAUUCAAUUAGCCCUGGCCGCUUCUCUCAUUUUUUCCUCCCAGUUUCCAAACAAGCCCUCAGUGAACAUCAUCGAAGCAUGACUGCCUGUCUGCAGGGAGGAGGAUUCCAUUUUUCUUCUCUGCUGGUCUGCAGGUCGAUGGGCACAGAGAGGGACAACUGCAGCAGGGAGGAGAAGGCACACAUAGCUGCACAGUUAUCCCUCUUCUCCUUGCCCUAGUCUGAUGAAGAAGGCUGAACUACAAACCGAAAUUCUGCAAAAAAUAAAAAUAAGCCACAAAACUAAAAGGCCUGGCCCAUUCUGGAAAAGGCAAAGCUACACGAGACACAGCCUUCUGCCUCGCCUCUCCUGGAGUGGCUUCCUUUUUGAGAAAAUGCACAAAGCUCUGGGAGAUGACAAGCACUAAGACUGACUCAAGCUGUGUCUUUCAGACAGAGGAAUAUCAGGGAAGCUGUGGGGCUGCCUGCCGUGCAGGGUCAUUGCUGCCAUCAAGCCUUUUCUGGAUCUAGCCAUCAAGCACAUGUUUGUGGUGUGAUGCAAGUGUGUAAGAUGUUACUUGUUUUGUCUUUUUUGAAAAAAUCAAGAGGGCUCCAUUCUAGAGAGCAGAGGGAUUCCCCCAAGGACUGAGCUGGUUGCCUGCAUUGUCUAUCUUCUUUGACCCUAUUUUUACUGUAAGAUCAUGAGUUUGGGGUUUUAAGAAGACCUGGAAGGUAUUGGUCUCAUUUCUUCUCUUGGAGUCUCAGCAGUGCUGGACUGGACAACUGAAAAGGCACAUCCACAUCCAGCAUUCUGGAAGCUACUAAACCACCCACUCUGGAAUGGAAGCUACUGGAGAGCAGGCCUGAGCCAUUCACCACGGACAGGCAGAGCAGCCCUGGCUGUCACCACUGGCCUCCAGGGUCUUCAUAUCUUGCCAUGUCAUCCAGGGUUUUGUGAAAGCUACCCAGGGUCCUCAUGUCCUUCCCUAGAGCCUGAGUGGUAUUAGGCAACAGGUCUCUUUCUCCACUGCCCCUUUCUGGUAAAAAAAAAAAUGGUGCUUGAUGAGGGAAGGCAAACUCUUCCCUAGGACUGAUGAGUUAUGGCUGCCAAAUGCCUGCAUGGGAAGAGGUGGAUCUCUUCAUCUUCCAUUGGUGGCAAAGGAUGGGUAUGGGAGGCCUGCGCCUAGCACAAGCCUGGCACACAGUAGGCACUUGGUAAAUAUUUGUUGAACUGAAUGAUAGGAGCAUUGGCCCCAAGCCAGAGAGCCAAAAGCCAUCACUCAAUGACCGCCCCUUCCUUCCGGUCUACAAGAGCUCUCAAGGCAGGGUCCGCUACCACUCUGCCCAAGUGAGGCAGCACCGGGGAGAAGAGACAGGAAAAAGGGCAAAUGUCAGCAAUACUAAGGGCUUCCUCAUGGGAGGGCAUGAGGCUCCACUCAUUGUCUUGUGACUUCCAUCCCUGCUGAAUGGGGCUGCAAGGCCAAGGCUCCUUAGGGAAGAGGUCCUUACCUCUGAUCCAGUUAGAGCAAUAACCACUUUUUAAAUGUAAAAUAAAAAGACAAAUGAAAAGGCA